UUUCCUGAGUUCGUUGUCGCUGCUGCCGGUGCCGCUGAAGUCGCUGCCAUGUCCGGGCGCGGGAAGCAGGGCGGGAAGGCGCGCGCCAAGGCCAAGUCGCGCUCGUCGCGGGCCGGGCUGCAGUUCCCCGUGGGCCGCGUGCACCGGCUGCUGCGCAAGGGCAACUACGCGGAGCGCGUGGGCGCCGGCGCCCCGGUGUACCUGGCGGCCGUGCUGGAGUACCUGACGGCCGAGAUCCUGGAGCUGGCGGGCAACGCGGCCCGCGACAACAAGAAGACGCGCAUCAUCCCCCGCCACCUGCAGCUCGCCAUCCGCAACGACGAGGAGCUCAACAAGCUGCUGGGCAAGGUGACCAUCGCGCAGGGCGGCGUGCUGCCCAACAUCCAGGCCGUGCUGCUGCCCAAGAAGACCGACAGCCACAAGGCUAAAGCCAAGUGAGCACCGAAGAACAGAGGCUGCAGACUUUUCACAAAGACAAACCCAAAGGCUCUUUUCAGAGCCACCCAC